AUGGGCGUGGGAGACUAUGUGCAUGCCAGACCACCCGGCGCCCAACCGCGAUCUCGCACAAGUGAAAACCAAAACCAGAAUCAUGAUCAAAAUCUCUCAUCCCGACAGGCCUUAGCAGCCCAAGCAAGGGUUGAAGUACCGUCCACCAACCUGAUUGCUCCGGUACCACUACCGGGCAAUCAGGCCAACCUAUUUGAGCACUAUGCGCAGCAGCCGCAACCACCACCAGUCGAAGACGCCGCGCACAGGGACAUGUUCGACACCGACGUGGAGGGAAUUGAUGACUCGACCAUCGCAGCAACCAGCGUGUUGGGAUUCGAUGACAUUCCCACUCAGUAUCAAUUAUCAUCAACAGCGCAGCAUCACGCCGCCUCCGACCCGAAGAUAUUCCCACCGCAUCCGUCCCAGUCUCAUCUCCCGCUGCGCUCGCACGAUGGCAAAUGGUACGCGAGCUUUGGCGACAACACCCUGAAGUCGGCUGGCUUUGACUCAGGGGAUGCGGCCGACGAUGCCGAGAGCCAGUUAACCUCCGUCGUGGGGGAUGAUGAGCGAUCGGACACGACCGAGGACGCCGCGGAUUAUGCCCGGCGCUACAGGUCGUCAACCACGACGGCCAACGAACCCCUGAGCAAGCGUCUGCAGAAUUUCUGGAGCGCCAGCCGUCGCACCUAUCAGAAUCCCACCGAGGACGCCCCCGCCGCGAUCCCCGCCGUGUUCCUGGAGCCGGCUAAGGCUUCCGGUCCUGGAACACUGCGACAAACCCACUCCGACUCCAGGAUGAUGACUGCCAGUCAGGUCUUGCCCCUAGCCGGCGGAAACAGCCGGAAGGUCACUCUCCCACGCAGCAUGACAGCGACCCCGCGGACGAGGUUCAGCCCCCCGAAGCCCACCCUCCUAGAACAGUUAGAUUUGACUCCGACCCGCCGGACGUCCGGACCACGCCCCCAGCCAGGCAAGGACGUGGCAGGCGGAGCCAGCCACAAUCAGCGUCACCACCACCACCACCAACAACAUCAGAAUCAGAAUCAUCGCGACAUCGCGGAGGAGUACGGCCUUUUCGACAGUGACUUCAGGAGACGAGGGAGCCUGCCCCCGCUGAGUGCCUUUGACAUCACCAACAUCGACGACCUGGACAACGACCAUGAUGAUAAUCACGACCACAACAAAGACGACCACGACCACGACCACGAUCCCAUCAACGACCCUUUCUCCCGCCGCCUAUCUGUCCAGCGCAUCAGCCCAGACAGUAGCUCCAGUCCAGAAUUAAAAGAAGACCCCUCUUCCAGAAAGCGCCAGCUUGAACCCGACUACCCGCCCGAAGUCCUCCGCCAGAAAUCCUUCGCGGACCUCCAAUCCGAACCCUUCGACUAUAUUCCCAACGCCUCCGCCGCCACCCCCGCAGAAACAAAAACCACGCCACCUCCCCCAGCAUCCUCAACAACCCCAAGCAUCGCGCCUCCCGGACCCGACGCGAAACCCGAGGAGAAGAUGUCGCACCUGUUGAGUCUCGCCGACGAGGACCGCCAGAAGUUCUUCUCCGGUCUGACGAUGGACGCAUGGGAGGACUACGGCGACCUCCUCAUCGACCAGUUCUCCGCGACGUUGACGAAGAUGAAGGAUCUGCGGCGCGCCCGCCGACGGACCGCCGCCGUCUUCGAGGCGGAGAUCCGGAGACGGCACGAGCUGGUCGAGGAGCAGUCCGCCGAGUUGUCCCGGAAGCUCAAGGAUAUGAAAAGUGGUGGGGCGGAGGUUCUUCGGGGGCGGACCCCUACUCAGUGA